AUGCGUAAAAAGGAAAGUAGGAUAUAGCACAUUCUCCUUUUAAUUAUUUUACCUCGUCGUGACCAAUAAUAACUGCUUAGAUUCUGAAACCGGUAUCAAUGGCCCUUGUGAUUCCCUGCACUUCCCUCUACCGGCAAACGCCACUUCUCCCCCGAAUCUCAUCGCUGAAACGCGGCGCUUUUUCCUUCAGAUGCCGGCGCAAAAUUACGUCAGAGCUCCAGUCACCGGUGAGCGCUAUCAGCCCCAACAGAAAUCCUUUGCCUUCAAUUCCUACUCAUAAAGUCACCGUCCACGACAGAAAACAAGGUGUCGUUCACGAGUUUGUUGCUCCUGAGGACCAGUACAUAUUACAUACGGCUGAAUCUCAAAAUAGCACACUUCCAUUCGCAUGCAGGCACGGUUGUUGUACUAGCUGUGCCGUACGUAUAAAGUCUGGAGAAAUAAGACAGCCUGAAGCUCUUGGGAUAUCUGCUGAACUGAAAGCAAAGGGAUAUGCGCUUCUUUGUGUGGGGUUUCCAUCUUCUGAUGUUGAGGUGGAAACACAAGAUGAGGAUGAGGUGUAUUGGCUCCAAUUUGGAAGAUAUUUUGCUCGAGGACCAAUUGAAAGGGAUGACUAUGCAUUGGAGCUAGCCAUGGGUGAUGAAUAAGCUACUUACAUUUUAUAAGUGAAAGAUGAGCAUAAACCAUGAAAAGCCCGUUGCGGAUUCUUUUAUCUCGUCCUUGUAUGCCAUCAUCUUAAUUUUUCCCCACCCCUGUAAGUUACUAUGAUUAUGACUCAUGGUACUGGUGGUCUUGACUUGUUUAAGUUACACGUAUUAGCUUCUUUAUGUAUGUUUUCCCUGUGCCAAUUUAGCAUUUUCAGCAGUUUUUU